AUGAAGUUCAUUUUCACCUAUAUAUUCUUGAUCAGCUUCAUCACCAUCACCAUGGCCCAAAUCGAUUUCUCAACGUGCGCCAGAAUGGAUAUUCCGGUUUUGCAAAAAGCGGCGCAGGGAUUGUGCAUCGCGAGUUGCAGUUUUCAAAAUUGCGGGACUGGAGUUUGCGAAAAACGUGGCGGAAGACCGACUUGUGUUUGUUAUAGAUGUGCGAAUGGUGGUGGAAAUAUUCCGUUGGAUUUGCUCAUCAAGAAGAAGGGGAAAUAA